GCGGCCUGGGUGGAGGAGUAGGUCCGGGCGCGGGGAUCUGAACCGGGAGAACCGGAGAAAGUCCCGCGGCCUCCCGAGUGCACCCAAGCCGCCGUGAGCCUCGGCGGGACGCGCGGCCGCCGCGAUGCCGUUCCUUCACGGCUUCCGGAGGAUCAUCUUCGAGUACCAGCCGCUGGUGGAUGCCAUCCUGGGCGCCCUGGGGAUCCAGGACCUGGAGCGGCAGGAGCCGCUGGACGACUAUGUUGCCAAUGAGGAGAGCCGGAUCCUGGUCCUCACGGAGCUGCUGGAGCAGAAGGCUCACUCUCCAUUCUACCAGGAAGGCGUGAGCAACGCCCUGCUGAAGAUGGCCGAGCUGGGCCUGACACGGGCAGCUGCAGUCCUCCUGCAGAGUGGGGCCAACCUCAACUUUGAAGACCCUGUCACCUACUACACAGCUCUGCACAUCGCUGUUCUGAGAAACCAGCCUGACAUGGUGGAGCUGCUUGUGCGCCAGGGGGCUGACAUUAACCGGAGGGACCGGAUCCAUGAGAGCAGCCCCUUGGACCUGGCCAGCGAGGAGCCUGAGCGCCUGCCCUGCCUGCAGCGCUUACUGGACCUUGGAGCGGAUGUCAAUGCAGCCGACAAGCAUGGGAAGACUGCUCUGCUGCAUGCUCUGGCCAGCAGCGAUGGGGUGCAGAUCCACAACACAGAGAACAUCCGGCUCCUUCUGGAAGGAGGGGCAAAUGUCAAGGCCACCACCAAAGAUGGGGACACUGUGUUCACCUGCAUCAUCUUCCUGCUUAGUGAGACCGUUUGUGGGGACAUAGAUGAGGCCCCAAUUAUCAACCGCUUCUGCUUCCAAGUCACACAGCUGCUGCUGGCCCAUGGGGCUGACCCCAGCGAAUGCCCAGCCCACGAGUCACUCACCAACAUCUGCCUCAAGAGCUUCAAGCUGCACUUCCCCCUCCUGCGCUUUCUGCUGGAGUCGGGGGCUGCCUACAACUGCUCCCUGCACGGUGCCUCCUGCUGGUCUGGCUUCAGCCUCAUCUUUGAGAGGCUCUGUUCCCACCCGGACUGCGCCGAGGACGAGCACCACGUGGAGCUCCUGCAUAAGGCCGAGACAGUCCUGGACCUCAUGGUGACUAGCUCCCAGAGGCUCCAGCUGCCUGACAACUUCAACAUUCACCCGGUGGGCAGCCUGGCAGGGAAGAUCCAAGCCCUGUACUCCUCCUUGAGACAGCUGGAGAGCUACCCGCCUCCCCUUAAGCACCUGUGCCGUGUGUCUAUCCGGCUGUGUUUGCGGCCGUGGCCUGUGGACGCAAAGGUCAAAGCCCUGCCCCUGCCUGACAGGCUCAAGUGGUACCUGCUCAGUGCCCACAGCGGUGCUGAGGAAGACAGCUGCUGACAGCUAGAAGCCAACAAAGGUUCAACCUAGUGCCUGUGACAACCUUCAGAGGGUCCUUUGAGCUGAAACCUCUUACUGAUACAAGGCUGCCAGGUGGCACCCCAAGUUCCAACCACACUGGAGGGUAGGGUGCAGGUGGGACAAUUGCCCUCUGCCUUGGGUAGCCCCAGGGCCUUGGUUGAGGCUGGGCAAUAUGGGGUCCAAGAACCCUGCCUUCCAUCUUGUCCUGCGGGGAGGCCAGCUGAGGUUCUGCUGCCACACAGGUUUCCCUCAGUGCUUGUGAGCUGGAGAAGGCUGUGGGCCACCCAGGGCUGGCCUUUCUGUGUUGAAAGGCAACCUGGCACUUGUUUCUUCCACUGCUCUGGGGAUGAGCCUCCCACAGCUCCAUUUGAGGUGCCAGGGCCGUGCUCAGUGAAGCCCUGCUCAUGCCCAGCCCGGCCACAGGAGCAUGCUUUCUGAAGCAGUCAUGAAUGCAUAACCGGGACAGCCCUAUCUCAAGGGCCUGGAAAGAGCCACCAAGGUUGGAAGUGACCCAGUGCUUCAAGUCACCUUGGUCUUGGUGAGUUGUGUAAAUGCCUUUGUGGGCAUGAGCUAAGGUAAUUAAAUGUUUAUAAAGUUAACCUAC